AUGGAAAAGCCACGGCGUUGUGGAUUUUGCAUUGCAGUGCCAUGGGGCUGUCACGAGUUUAACGCUUUGGCCAGGCUAGCAGAAGAAAUAGCCAAAUCUGGUAUUCCAGAAGGUUCGAGGAAGAUCAAUGGAAAGUACAUUCAUACUCACCUUGUUGCUAGAUUAAAAGCUGUACAUGAACAAUUAAACGAGCAAAUAAAGGAUGUUGAUGCGGCACAAUCGAAGGAGGUUUCCGUGUUUUGGGUCGGCAUGGCUGAGAGUGUGCAAAUUAUGGGCAGCUUUGAUGGUUGGAGCCAAGGAGAGCACCUUUCACCAGAGUACACAGGUUCUUUCACAAGGUUCUCAACAACAUUGAUGCUCAGGCCUGGAAGGUAUGAAGUCAAAUUCUUAGUAGAUGGUGAAUGGCACCUAUCAACAGAGUUACCUGUAACCGGUGAAGGGUUAACUAAAAAUAAUCUGUUAAUUGUUGAGUGA